AUGCGCUUUCUGUUGCUGUUCAGUCGCCAGGGGAAGCUGCGACUGCAGAAAUGGUUCACGCCAUUAACAGACCGGGAGAAAAAGAAGGUGAUCCGGGACAUGAUGAUGCUAGUGUUGGCUCGUCAGCCACGUUCCUGCAACUUUCUCCAAUGGAGGGACCUCAAGAUAGUUUACAAGAGGUAUGCAAGCCUGUACUUCUGUGCUGGUCUGGAGGACAAGGAUAAUGAGCUGCUUGCCCUCGAGGUGCUGCACCGAUAUGUUGAGUUGCUGGAUAAAUACUUUGGAAACGUGUGUGAGCUGGACAUCAUUUUCAACUUCGAGAAGGCUUACUUCAUCCUGGAUGAGUUCCUCAUGGGAGGAGAGAUCUUAGAAACCUCCAAACUGGCCGUGGGUGUGUCUUUGGAGGAGGCCGACACACUCCAAGAGACGAUGGAAGAAUACAUGAGCAAACCUGCCUACUGAGCCAAGAGAGGACAGCGGAUGGUUCACAUUUGAAAGCAUGAAGCGAGAUGUUUAUCGAGUUAAGCGAGAGUAAAGACUCUUUCAGGGUAGUGCUGUGGCCAUACAACAACCACAAACCUGGUGAUAUUUUGACUCAGGUGUGAAGAAUAGUAAUGAUGUUUGCAUCUGUAAGUGCCUUUGAAGGCUCAUAUUUAUUAAUCUCAGGGUUUCGUGACAGGAGAAGUGACUGAAAUGAGCCAAUAUCACCUUUUUCACUUAGUAUUAGUUGUUUUGUGACUUUAUUAUAUGUUAAGACCGAUGCUUUGUGUGGUGGUGAGCAAAUGGAGAAACACUAGACAGUAAGGAAAAAAAUAAAGUCAAUGCUUUAUUUACCUCAGCUAUGUCACAUAUGACCACAUUUAAGAAAGAAUUACCAAAAAAAACACAAGUGAAUCUAAAGGAUCCAACACUGGCUUUGAUUGUGUGUGCGUCGAAAUGUAAGGCUGGUGAGACACGUGUACUCAUUAAGUGUUGUUUGAGCAACCAAGUCAUCUGGAAAAAAACAAAAAGAAAAACAUCAAGAGAAUGUCUGAACACUUACAUUUCUGCUAAUAAACAGGAACGUUUGUAAACCUACAGAAUAA